ACUUGAUUUUGUGAUCAUCGGACAUUACAUCACGGUUUAUCGAACUUCGCUUUGGCAACUCAGCUUUUACUUCUUAAAUUCAAAAUACAUACAUGAUAAUGGUAUGCAGAUGGAAGCAAUAUGUGCUGUAUAGGCCUACUUCAUGCUUUUGUGAGCUUCUUGAAUUUUCGAGGAUGAAUGCAUAUUCGCACGCAAGAGUGUUUAUAACGAUUAUCGAAACAUACAUCUAUAGACCAAAACAACGUAAAUUGCAUUUGUUAAAGUUAUUCAUGCACACAAGUCAAGCCAUAUCUAUGGGCUUUAUAGGCCUGCACAGUAAAUUGAAAUUGAAUGCAAGAAUUCCCAUAUAAUGCAAGUAGUUGGUGCGAGAUCAUUGCAUUUAUUCCAUCUUGGGAGUCGCACGUCGUUGAAUGGAGGAAAACGGUACACAAAACAACGUCAUCUCUCAUCAAUGUCCUACAUUAUUUGGAUUUUUUUGUGAACGGAAAGGUAUACCCUCAGUCCGAUGGUUGUUUGCCUGCAUGGCGUUCCUAGGGAACUCUGUCGUUCUAAUGAUGCGACUCAACAUCAGCGUUGCCAUGGCAAUAAUGGCGGGGAGUGGUAGUCAUAGUCAUCACAACUCAUCGAGUCCGCCAUUUCAGAUGACGAUGAACGGAACCUAUAGUGUGAGCUUAUACCCUGCGCCCCCAAGUGACAUAUCGAAUGUUAACACCAGUGGAAGCAGUGCUUCAAAGGAGAUCGCACAAGCCGAGUCAGAGUUCAACUGGAGUAGUCACAUCCAGGAGCUUCUAUUAGCUGCAUUCUACAUCGGGUAUACCUUAGGCAACAUACCAGCGGGAUGGCUCGCAGACAGAUUCGGAGGAAAGUGGAUCGUCUUUGGAGGGGCAUUUGGCAGCGCUGUUUUUAAUAUUUUGGGGCCGUUAGCGGCUCGAUCCAGCGUCGAAUUAUUUUUUGCAACGCGAUGUCUGGCCGGAUUUGUCGAGGGUUCCUACUUUCCUGCCCUUUACCCAAUGGUGAAUAAUUGGUCACCAGUCAAGGAAAGAACGCGAAUGAUGGCACUUGUUGUUGCAGGGUUUGCAUUUGGACCGGCUCUUGGGCAGUCUAUUUCUGGAGUAAUUUGCGCUAACCUUGGAUGGCCUGCAAGCUUCUAUUUUGUUGGUGGAGUUAGUAUCUUAUGGGCGAUUCUGUGGACAGUGACAGCUUAUGAUCAUCCAGAUAAACACCCUUGCAUUAAACACACAGAACUUGAUUACAUCGAAAGAACAAGAUCAAAAAGAUCGAAUACGUCAAAGGUACCAAUACGGUCGAUCUUACUAUCCUUGCCUGUCAUCGCUUACGCCAUUACACUGUUCUGUAUUCCCGGAUUUGUGUACUUCAAUUUGGCGUGCAAUCUACCAAUCUACUUCAAACACGUGUUGCAAUUUGACAUCAUGUCUGUGGGCUUUCUCACAUCAAUCCCAUAUGUGUGUCAAUGGACUGCGUCACUGCUUGCGUCAUUUAUAUCAGACGCACUGAUAAAUCGAAAUAUCUUAAGUAGAACCUCGGUUCGAAAACUUAUCAUAUGUUCAGGAGCAACGAUAAUGGCUGCGUGUUUUUUGUCUAUCUCCUUCAUCGUGAAAAGCGACUCAUCCGUCAUUGUUAUAAUCGUGAUCGUCAUGUAUGGAGCUAUGGGCGUCGUCUUCUCAGCCGUCUUCGUCAACGCUAUGGACCUCGCCCCCAGCUACUCGGGGACGGUAUCCGGUAUCAGCAACGCGGUCGCUGUCUCCUCGGGGUUCAUUGGUCCCAUUGUGACGUCACUCUUCACCGAGGAUCAGACCGACCCCGCUGGUUGGAGGAUUGUAUUCCUAAUCACCACCGCUGUCACCCUGUUCGGUCCCCUCGUGUUCCUCAUCAUCGGGUCGGGUGAUGUUCAACCCUGGGCUAUCAUGGCCGACGAAGACGUGAAUGAAAUGGACAAGACGCGACCGGACCAAUUACCAGAUGAAGAUGUUGCCAUGAUAAAAAGUGUAAACUCCAAUGAAGCGUGAACAUGACAAAUGAACAUGACAAAGUUUGAACGAGAGUGGGAGUUUUGUCAAACUCCCUCUCUCGUUCAAACUUUGUCAAAAGACGGGUCGAGUUAUCAGUAGUUAUUAAACACUCUGAGGCCAGGCACAUGUUGUGGACGACAAGACGACAAAAUUUUCAUGAAAUGGAAUUUGUUCCCAAGGGAGAAAUUGAAAUUAGUCGGAGAAAAGCUACGACUGUUUUUUUUAAUGCAGCCACAUCAAGCAUGUCAGGUGGUAUGACUUCCGAACAUUAGAAUCUUGACAGAUCACAAUUCCACAUCGCAGCUCUUUCCAAUCUUAUCAUGAGAGAUACAUAUUAUGCCAAAAAAAAUUCUCUAAAGAUUGUGCGAUUGACUAUUAUCGUGAUACAGCAAUCAGCGAACGUCUUCCAAUUUUUGUAUGGUUGUGCAAUAUUGUGAAAUGUACUUUGUUAACUCAAACUAGCGUUUUUCGCAAUUAUUGUUACUGCUUUAUGAGGUAUUAUUCUAUGAUUUAAUUCAUAUAUUUAUAUAUAUAUAUAUAUAUUUAUUUUGGUUUAUAUAUUGUAUUCAAUUUCAUCUAACGCUAACGUAUUUUUGAGGCUUCCUUUCUUCCAAUUAUAUUUUGAAGGUUUUCAAGGUGAUAAUCUAGUCUGCUGGGCAAACCCUUCACUCGAGUUAAGGGUCUGAUUGUGCUCAUGCCUUGUGUACUGAAGGCUCAGCAAGUUUUGUAUGUGCUAGUCUUCGCGUGGAGGCACACUUGUUGAUCAAAGUUCCAAUCAGGGUCUGUGCCUGCAGACUAGUGAUAAUCGGCGACUAGCACGAUUAGACCGCCUCUUUAGGUGUCAUUGCACCCGG